CGAUCGAUCUCUUAUACGGCCUUGCACUUCUUUGCAAUAUCAUUUGUUUGCUUUCUCGAUCGUUGAUCGUUUCUCGAUCUCGUAGCUAAUUUCAUCGUUUUGUCCACUUAUACUCAACAGAAAUGUACCUUAACCCUCACUUCUACCCUUGUUUGCAUUGCCAACCGCACAGCUACAUUAGAAUGGUUCAACAUCUUAUAGAAAGAUGCCUUCUCCUUCACAUGAGUAGAGACCAAUGCAUAAAAGCGCUAGCAGAGCACGCAAGCAUUAGGCCACUGGUCACACUUACAGUGUGGAGGGAGCUACAAAAAGAGAAUAAAGACUUCUUUCGAGCAUAUUUUCAUGUCACUUCUUCGAGACCCUUACCGAGUAGAUAUAUUCAAAGGGAACCAAAGUUAGCAAGAAGGAGACAAUGGCAUUAGCUAUAUUAAAGAUAAAAUGAAUGGGAAGAUAAGACGAUGAUCAUAAACUCAGAAGUUUAGCAACAAUUAAUUAUGUUAUGGGGUCUUUGAUUGAUGAAUCCCUAGCUAGCUAGCUAGGUUAAUGUAAUAAUAUUUAUGUUUAAUUUCUUGAUAACUUGGGAUUUUGGAAGCUAGAUAUAUAGGAUAUCUUAUGAUGAAGCAA